AAAUAUUUCCAAUUCAUAGAUUGAUGUGAAAUGUGCGAUGACGGAAAAUUGAGAAUAACUAAUGAUUUCACCGGUAACUUAUCGCAAUAACUAAUAAGUCAAUAUGGGAAAUUGUCGUGUACUUUUUCAUUUACUGUUUGUGUUUUUAAAUGCUACAUCGUUCGUGCUCUGCCAAACUUGCCUCGAGGGCGAAAGGGCCAAACAAUUCAACGACAAAUUGGUCAAAGACCAUAAUAAAUACAGAAGUCAACAUGGCACACCUCCGCUAGAACCAGAUCUCAAUUUAAUGGAAGAUGCGAUAAAAUGGUCUAAACAAUUGGCUAAUACGAAUGUACUUCAACAUGGUAGUACUGGAGAAAAUCUUUACAAGAAUACUAAUACAGGUCCUAUAGAUGAGUCGCAAUUGGAUGCAGUUAAACCGUGGUACGAUGAAAUAAAGCUGUACACGAAGCCGGAGUUCAGUCUUCAAACAGGUCAUUUCACUCAAGUGGUUUGGAGAGAUACCCGUAAACUUGGCUGUGGUGUAUGUUCAGGUUCUGGAGGAACUGUUGUCACUUGUAGAUACUCUCCACCUGGUAAUUUUCGCGGACAGUUCGAAGAAAACGUACCUCCAUUAAAAUCAGAAUCUGAUCAAAAUAACAACGAGGGUCCAACAGAUCACGAUUAUACUUCAGAAAAUACAAUUUCAUCGAAAGAUUACGAUGGAUAUAAUACAGGAGAGAUUGAAUUAGAAGAAACCACUUCCACAAUUGGUCAUGAAGAACAUUACGUUUCAGAUACAAGCGAUUAUGAAGAAACUACCCCAUUUAGAAAAAGAAUAACUCCGAGUACAACUCCUCAACCAAAAAAACAUUCAAAUACGAUCGAAAUAAUAUAGUGGAGUGGCAAACAGCUGAAAUACUGGAGAAAAUGGCAUUUGAUGAAAGAAGCGUGAAUUUUGGUAUGAUGCAUUUUAGGGCCAAAAUGAAGUUUUUAAGACCGGGAGCCAUUCGGGCUCCCCCCUCCUUCGAGGGGGGUGGACCCUACAAUUUUGAAAUAAUUCCUAUCGAUCGAGUUAUGGUCAGAAAUCAAUUAUUAUGGUGUCCGCUAUUUGGUAUUGAUCAGCACUUUCUAUUUUCACCAUUGAAGCCAUCGUCCCCCCUCUCCCCUUGGCGUGGGGCUUAGCCCCCUAAAUUGUGGACCUGGAAGACGUUGAGAUUCGGAAAUGUAAUUUUGUGAAAAUAUCCUUCGAAAAGUGUACAAAUAAUUUUGGUUGUUCAUUUUUUGGUUUCCUCCCCCCUCUGCCCCCUGUGGCACCUCAAAACUUGAAAAACACGCAAAAUUGCCGCUUUAAAUAGUGGAAAUGGCGAGUUAAAUGCCAAUUCUUCUAGGAACUGAUGAGAAACAUUUUUUGAAAGCAGUAAAUAACGCAAAAAAUCAUGAACCCCCUUUUACGCGCCCCCAUCAACCCCUAAUUGCAAAAACUACCCUACUGGUAAAAAUUCCACCAGAAUUGAAAUAUUGAGCCGGUUACUAUUCAAUAUUGAUUGAUGUGUUUUUCUAAACGUGUCGGAGUCGUCGCAUACCUCCCACCCAUUCAAGGGGGCAGACCCCUAAAAUGUGGAGGCAAUGAAAACUCCACCUAUGGAACUGAAAUUCGGUAAAUGUGUACUUCUCUGGUCAUGGGAAUAUAUUUAAUAGUCCAUUUCAUCGAUUACAUUCCUCACCCCGCCCCCUCCCCUCCCCCUUUACAUACCAUUAUACAAAAUUUCAUCAAAAAGUAGCCCCUCCAGCUUUGUAGCGCACUCCAUAGGAAGGUAACAGAAGUGGUUUUACACUCAAUGGAUAGAGAAUUUCAUCAGCUUUCCAACGGUAUGUUUGUGAUCAUUGUGUGAUGAAAACAAGCAAAUCUGUGUCCAAUAAAGUGAAUGAAGAUUGGGCGCUCGGUUCAGGCGAAAGCAAUUUUUGAAUUUUCAAUCUCCUACUUUGUGUCGGCGCUUCAGAGGAACGGUACAUUACAGAAGUUGUUUUAUACUCAAUCGAUAGAGAAUUUUAUCAGCUUUCCAACGGUAUGUUUGUAUGGUGAAAACAAUCAAACCUGUGUCCAAUAAAGUGAAUAAAGGUGGAGGAUGUCGGGUCCUGCGGAAGCAAUUUUUGAAUUUUCUAUCUUCUACUUUGUGUCGCGCUUUAGAGGAACUUUACGUUACCGAAGUUGUUUUAUACUCGAUCGAUAGAGAAUCUUAUCAGCUUUCCAACUAGUCCAUGCAAGAGCUAUACCCAGUGCGAUUGCCCUGAAAUACCUGAAAGCUGGGACUGGUCUCAAAAGUUAGUAUACAUACCCCUAUUUUGAAAGCACUUGGUCUGCCAAUCCGCAGCUGCUGCUUUAAAGCUCAGCGAAAGCUCAAUAAAAGUUCACAAUUUUUCUGAACUUUUGCCCGAGAAAACUGAUGGCUCAAAUUGGUGCCAAAUUAUAGAAUUUUUCGCGCUGAAUCCGAAUAUGUAGGUCUACCGACCUAAAGUGCUGCCAAAGCCCCGCCAGACUGCUUUAAAGGGGGGUCAAAUUUUGCAAAUUUCAUCUUUAUUUCUUUAUCAGAAGCAAAAAAAUUUACAAAAAUUCUCGUUUUUCAAAAGUGGACAAAAAUUCUCAAUUUUUGUGAAAUUGAAAAAAAUUGUCAGAUUUUUUUGCAAACAAAUUCAAAAAGUCUCAUCUUUUUCUAAAAAUUGUACAAAUGUUGAGAUUUUUGGCAGAAAUGGUGAGAACGCUCCUCUUUUUACUAAAAUGGUCAACGCCUCGCUUUUUCAUAAAAAUUUUGCAUAAUAGUUCAACUUUAUAAAAUUAAAAACCCGGACACUUCGUUUUGUAAUUUUUUUUUUUUUUUGGUGAUUUCUUAUUUUUCUACAUCCAGAAUCCAGAUGUUUGGCUCAUGUUUUGUCACUUUUUUAUUUUCUGUUUUUUUUUGGUCAUUUUUUCUAACUUUCUUGAGCCAAAAGUUUGUCACUUUUUUUUGCAAAAAUUCUCAAAAAGUCUCACUUUUUCCAAAAGAAAACCAUAAUUUUUUGACUAAAAUUGUAAAAAGGUAUCAUUUUUUUACCAUAAAAUGCCAAAAAGUUUUUUUUGCCAAAAAUUAAAAAAAAUUCUCGUUUUUCAAAAAUUGCCAAAAAUGCUAAAUUUUUUCCAAAAUUAAUUGCAAAAAGUUGUCUUUUUUUGCAAAAAAAAGGUCUUAUUUUUUCAAAAAAUUGUUAAAAAUUGGCAAAAAAUCCCUCAUUUUGCUAAAAUUAUGAAAGUCUUGCUUUUAAGUUAAUGUUCUGUUUUUUUUUUGGGGUGAUUUUUUUGGUGAUUUUUUUCCAAUAUUUUUGAUUACUUUUUCAAACUUUUUCCAAUCAUUGUUGAAUAUAAAAAAAUAAUUAUCUAACAUUUUGCAUCCUUAUAAUCCGAUAGGAAACUUUAAUGAAUGGUUUGCUUACCUCAACGCUCCCUCUCCCUCCAAAUCUGCUUUUCUCGCUUUAUCCAUUUACCUGAAAAUUGAUUUCCUAAUUUUCAGAACAAAAAUUUUGUUAAACUCUUGUUUUCCUUUAGAUUGUUUUCUGUUUAGAAAUUAUAACUUUAUCGGCGAUGGUCAUUUUGUCUGGAAAUUUCUUUCAGAACGUUUGAUGUUAUGACAUGCUUGAAAAUGUUUCGAACUUGAUCAAUUUUCUUGUAGUCCGGCGUAUGACAAUAGGAGUAAUUGCACCCCCCCCCCCGCUGAUCCUCCGGGACAACUUUUUUCUUAAAGGAGACAUCCUAAGGAACAUUUUAAACCGAACUUCCCUAAAAAAAAGUUGGCCUUACUUACAAAAUGGCGGCCAUUUUGAUUGACAGGUCAGCCGGAAUCGCUGAUUUUGCGUUUCAACAUAGGAUUUGCACGACAUUUUUCAAACAUUACAAGGGUAGAUCGAAAGAUCAUGCAAAAAUUCAUCACCUGUCAAAAUUUCAAGUGCUAAAGUGCGUUUUUUGAUUUUUGGUGAAUUUUUGAAAAUCCAAUUUAGGCCAAAAAUGAGGGGAAAAAUCAAAAUUUUACCAAAUUGACCAAAAAAGCUGAAAUUUGGGAUAUAUCCUAUUUUUGACAUGCCAAAUCAAUUGGAAACGGUUUCAACCCGUUUUGAGCAGUUCUGGAGCCUCCAGAAGAUUUUUGAAACUCGAAAUUCCCACAAAAUUCCAUCAAAUUGGAGUUGUAAAGCUAAAAUUUAUUCUAAAAACUAAUUGCAAUACGCUACGAAGUACUGCGGCUGAAUUUCAAGUCGUUUUGGAUCCUCCAGCGACUUUUUUGAAAAUUACUGAAGCCUUCAGCAGAUUUUUGAAACUUUAAAUUUUCACAAAAUUUCAUCAAAUGGAGAUGGAAAGCUGAAAUUUACUCUACACUCCAAUAUUAACACUCUCUGAAGACGACUUCAGGCGGGUUCAAGUCAUUUUAGAGCAUCCAGCGACUUUUUUGAAAAUUACCAGAGCCUCCAGUAGAUUUUUGAAACUUGAAAUUUCCCCAACAUUAAUUUAUCAAAUGGAGUUGGCAAGCUGAAAUUUACUUCGCAGACUACAUGGUGGUUUCAAAUGGUUUUGAAGCUUCCAGCUACUUUUAGGAAAUUUCAAUUUUCCAAAAAAACGCCAUACAACUUUCCAAAAAGUCGCUGGAGGUUCCAAAACGACUUGAAAUCCACCAGCAGUCAACUUUGUAGCGUAUAGAAAUUAGUUUGCAGAAUGAAUUUCGACUCUCCAUCUCAGUUUGAUGAAAUUUUCAAAGUUUCAAAAAACUACUGGAGGCUCUAGUAAUUUUCAAAAAAGUUGCUGGAGGCUCUAAAAUGACUUGAACCCACCUGAAGUUGUCUUCAGAGGGUGUUAAAAUUGGAGUGUAGAGUAAAUUUCAGCUUUCCAUCUCCAUUUGAUGAAAUUUUGUGAAAAUUUAAAGUUUCAAACAUCUGCUGAAGGCUCCAGGAAUUUUCAAAAAGUCGCUGGAUGUAAAAAUUGUUGGCGAGGGGCAACAAAUUGUGGUUGAAGUUUUGAAAAUAUAUUUAGAACUAAAACAAUAUAUGAACAGAUAUUUGAACUUGGCACCUUUAAAUUAGCAGAAAUCAAUACUUAUCCACGUUUUCAUAAUUUUUCAAUUUUUUUUUGUGAAUGAAAAUGAAAAAUCAUGAAAAUUUCAAGCAACAUAACAUCGAUAUCUACAUGAUUAGAAGUCGCUGAGUUCAAAUGUUCACUUAUUUAUUCAUAUUAUGAAUAAAUAAGUGAACAUUUGAACUCAGCGACUUCUAAUCAUGUAGAUAUCGAUGUUAUGUUGCUUGAAAUUUUCAUGAUUUUUCAUUUUUUUUUUCAAAAUUAGGGGCUGAAGGGGCUUGGAAUAGUCGUGUUCUAAAAAUGUGAAGAUAUUCGAAGUCGUUACUCUCGAGAAAUGGACAAUCGACGCGUCAGUCAUAAUUUUUGUUUGCUGGUACCUAUUUUGAUCAUGUUCAAGAGUCUUGUCAUUUUGAUAACUCGUAGAUUCAAAUUUCGAGUGAAUGAAAAUUUUUCUCUUAAUGCGUUACAAUUUAGGUACUUAAAUAUUACUAUUUAUUUCACUGUUUCUAGCUGGCGUCUCCAAGAAUUCGUGACUUGUACUGGUUAUAUAUGAACAUAACGAGCAUUCCAAUUGCUAAAAUGCAGAAUCCCAACACGGUUUCAUUUUCAUUCACAAAAAAAAAUUGAAAAAUUAUGAAAACGUGGAUAAGUAUUGAUUUCUGCUAAUUUAAAGGUGCCAAGUUCAAAUAUCUGUUCAUAUAUUGUUUUAGUUCUAAAUAUAUUUUCAAAACUUCAA